UUUCCUUCACUAUAAAUUGGCUCGUUUCAUUAACGAUUUCAAUCGCACUUAUCAAAUCUAUAUUUCUUCACUACAAAUUUGAUUCAAUUCAUAACCCUUUUCAACCAAAAUCAUCAAUUAUAUAUCCCUUUCUAACUUUCAUACAUAUUAUACUUCAUUGCUCUUUGAAGUAGUCCUUAAAUCUCAAUGACUAUGACUUUAAAACUAGCCUUUGCCAUUGCAAUAUUGCUAACCAUUUCAUUCAACCAAAUUGUUUUCGGUGACAUCGGGACCGCUACUUCCUACGAACCUCCGUACACACCUACAAGGUGCAAUGGCAAUAGAGCCGACCAAUUCCCAUCAGGAAACUUGUUUGUGCAAGUGAGUGAAGGGUUGUGGGACAACGGCGCCGCUUGCGGCCGCCGAUACAGGCUUAGGUGCCUUAGCGGCAACAACCGGCCUUGCAAGGGGGGCACGGUGGACGUGAGGGUGGUCGACUUUUGCACCCGUAGGCCAUGCCCUUCGACUAUAGUGAUGUCAACCGAUGCCUUUGCCGCCGUCUCCAAAUCCGCUGAUGCUAAAAUCAACAUCGAAUUUAUCCAGAUUUGACAUGAAUUAUGGGCAUUGCGUGUUUGCUGUGGAGAAAGUAAUUAAUUUGGAGGCAAUUAUUUUGAGUAAUAGUACUAGUAUAUGGAUGAUAAACUUCUAGCCAAUAGAUUAUGUGUUUCCUAUCUUUAUUAGUAAUUUAUUUUGUGUUCGUAUUAUGGUCUAAAAUAUGAGUAAAUCACUUUGCAUCUUAGAUUAUGUGUUUCUUUUAUCGAAAUUAAUUUAUUUUGUAUUUGGAUGAUGGGCUCAAAUAUGUAUAAGGCCCAAUGGACUCCUCAAAAUUCAUCUUGUGAUAUUAAUCAAAUUUCAAAAUAAUU